UGGCCUCCUCUGUUUCCAUCCUCUGUUUUUCAUCCUCUGUUUUCACAUCUAGCUUCCUAGAAUCUCAUACUCUGAUUCCCCAAUCCUUCAAAUUUAGGUACAUCCAAGGCAAACCCACAAAACAAUACACACAAAAUCUCAAAUUUUUUGUCUUUUAAUUUUUUUUUUAAACAGCAAUAGGCCAACUCUGUGUGUUAUCUGUCUGUGCAUUGGUGGUUGCUACAAAAAGCUUGUCCAAAAAUAGGCAAAAAUUGCAAGGAAUGAGGUAUUAUACUAGCGGGUGACAAAUUACUUUGUUCCUAAAAAAGCUCCUCUGUUCUCGUGGGAAAUCAGUGGCUUGUUUCUCUCCUGUCCCAGACUCUUUGGGGAUCUUCCAUUUUCUUCCUCUCUUCACAUACAAGAUUUUUCUUGUGAGGUUGGAUUCUUUGUUUUCAAUCUCCCCACCUGUCGAAUUUCGAUAUGGGUUCUUUAAUUUCUUCCUUUUGGUUUGGAUUUCAGGCUCCUCUGAAAAUUCUGUAGUUUUAAUUAAUUACAGUAAUUGCAUCAGACCAUUUGAAUUCUGAGAUGGCGUCAUCACAAGUUGAAAUGGCCUCCACCGCGCCUUUUGGGUGCGUGUUAAGGGAUCACAACCGGCGAGACAGGUGCAGAGAAAGCAAUGCCAGGGCCACGCAGGCUGCUUUUCAGAAGAAUUUGAAUAGCUUGGUGAGGAAUCACCUCACCACCUGCAUUUCUGUCUCAUCAACCUCUGCCUCUAAUGACCAGGAAAGCAACAACUCCCAAGACCAAAACAUAGAGAAUGUCGAAAGAGAUGAUGGUUGUUCGACAAUGAGCCCGAGGCAGUCUCGGGUUCUUGAUCGAUGGGCUGAGAGACAAGGAGGGAAAGAAGCAAUGGCAAUGGUGGAGAGGCAGAGCCAGGAGGUAGAGCUUAUGUCAGUGCCUAGUUCCGCGCCUUCAUCAACGAGGACAUCGACAUCAAUGAAGGAAGGGACUCUUUCAAGGACAGAUAGCUUGGCGGAUAUUUCCAAUCGGGGAGUUGGAGCUUCUUCGCUGGUUCAAAUAUGGGAGAAGAGGCUGAACCUAUCAAACAGUUUCAAGAUGAGUUCCAAUGGCGGCACAGAGACGAGCAGGUCUAACUCUGGAUUGAGCUUCAAUGAGAAUGAGAACAUUUUUUAUACUUUCAAUGAAUACAGUGCUUCCAAUGAGUCUGUUGCUUCGAAUCAACCUGUUUUCGAAAAGCAAUUAUCAAGAGAGUCUGAAGCAGGGGUCUCGGUUUGUGUUGAUGAAAGGUAUGACACUUGCCCGGUUGCUGAGGAUUCCAUUGAGGACACACAUUCUGAUGAAAGCGCCACAAGUGAUGCCCGGAGUAAUUUAGAUGCAAGGGAAAGAGAAAGAGAAAGAGAGAAGGUUCGGGUUGUGGAUAUCAUUAAACGGUUGACAAUGACAGCACACUGUCCAUUAUCAUCUCCAAGCGAUGAUAAUGAUCAUGAUCAGCAGUCCUGUGCCAAUGCAUCUCCGUCUAGAGAGCGCGAUCGUGAGAGGUCUUUUGGGGUUGAUCAGACAGAGCAGCUGCACAAAGGGUUCUCUCAGGUUAUAAGUUCGCCGAGGAUGAUCAGAGGCAGGCAGGCAUUUGCGGAUUUGCUUAUGCAAUUGGAGCGUGACCGGCAUAGGGAGCUUGACACACUUGUAGACCGCAGAGCAGUUUCAAGAUUUUCACACAAAGGGCGAAUUCAAUCAAUGUUACGGCUUAAACUGCUGCAACGCGGCAUGGCAGGGGCAGCAGGUCAAGAAGUACCACGCCGGAAACCAGCAAAAUCUCAAGUGAACAAGUUGCCACAAGGCUCUGCUGCCAUCAUGCAUCUCAGGGAGAAAUUCAGCGCUUGUUUCGAGCAGGCCUCAACAGCUCAGAGUGAUGCAGCUAGCACAAAAAUCCCUCAAAGGGAGGUCGUCAAGGACACCAGUGUACAUGCACAAAACUCCUCCACCUCCAACAUGCCUAGCGAAAACACUCCUAGUUGUAACAUUGAUAUAACUGAGCAGAAGAAUGCAACAUGGGUGCAGACUCCAUUGCCGUGUGCUAGUAAUGAUCUUCGUGAAGUAGUUAGCAUGAGUUCUAAAGUCACUUGUCAAGAAACAAGCUCAGUGGCUACAAAUACCUCAACGGAUGCUAGUAAAGAUCUUCGUGAGGAAGCUAGCCCAAGCUCAAAAGUCACCUCGGAAGGAACAAGUUCAGUGGCUACAAACAAUUUGCUAGCUGCUAGUGAAGAUCUUCGUGAUGAAGCCAGCCUGAGUUUGAAGGUCACUUCUCAAGGAUCGAGUCCAAUGGCUAGGAACACCACGCCUCAUGCUAGCGAAGAUCUUCGUGAAGAAGCCAGCCCGAGUUUAAAAGUCACCUUGCAGGGAACAAGUCCAAUGGCUAGGAGUACCUCGCCUCAUGGUAGUGAAGAUCUUCAUGAAGAAGCGAGCCCAAGUUUAGAAGUCAUCUUGCAAGGAACAAGUCCAAUGGCUAGAAAAAACUCGCCUCAUGCUAGUGAAGAUCUUCACGAAGAAGCCAGCCCAAGCUCAAAAGUCACCUUGCAAGGAACAAGUUCAGAGGCCAGAAACAACUUGCCUCAUACUAGUGAAUAUCUUCAUGAAGAAGCUAGCCCGGGUUCAGAAGUUAUCUGGCAAGGAACAAGUUCGGAGGCUAGAAACCUUGAUGUGCAAGAAACCGCAGAUGCAACCACAUCCUUGGUUGGUUGGCAUGAGAAGGAGAUAGAAGAACAACUAGAGGAUGAUUACCAGUACUAUGGAGAUUAUACUUAUGACUGGAUCAAUGAGAUUUCUCGCCCACGUAGCUACUGGGAAGACCUGAGGAAGGCAUGGUACCAAGAGAUGCUUAACUCCAACUCAGGUAAAGGAGAGAUACGCCAACUUAUCGAAAGAAGUACAGUAUCAAAUUUUCUUGCUAGUGAUUUCCGAGACAGAAUAGACAGGUUGAUGGUAUCUCGCUUAGAAAUACAAGCGCAACCAGAUGGCAGUCAAGAAGGAGAAGACAAUGACAUUAACCACGAUAGGACAAAUCCAUUGGUGUCUUUCUUACAACAGCAUCACCAAAAUCAACAACAACAAGAAUUGCAGCCGGCAGGCAGUCAAGAAGAACAACAAGUGCAAGAACAAAAACACCAAGAAGAUCAGAACAUGACAGAAGAAGAUGAUGAUGAGGAAGAAGAUGAUGAUGAGGAAGGUGAUGACGAUAAAGGAGGAGAAGAAAGGAGUCUAAUUAGUGCUCAAUAUCAAGAAGCGAGUGAUGAUUUUUACCAGUGCACAUCAUUGCAGCCAUCGCCAUCUCAUAUGACAUCGUGGAGCUAUCAAGAUAUUGAAGUGGGAGAUAAUUUUGGUCGAGCUGCUUCUACAUCUCCACCCCGACAUUUUCCAUCUCAUUCUUACUAUCCAAAUAGUCGGCAAGGUUCACAAUCACCAUCUCUAUCAUACCAUCAAAAUCAUCACCACGUCUCUUCCCCCUAUCAUCCUUCAAUGGAAAUGGAAUUCAUUUAUGACAUGAGAGGGCAGAUGGAGAAACUCUAUCGUGAGAUGUCGGAGCUACGAAAAGUAAUAAAGAGCUGUGUAGACAUGCAACUGGUAAUGCAGCAAUCCAUGAAGCAGGAAGUUCAUUCAGGUCAAGCGGAGAGGAAGAGGUCGGCAAAUGGAUUACCAAAGAAAGGAAAUUGUUGCAUUUGCCAUGAAGUGAAAGUCGACUCACUUUUUUACAGGUGUGGCCACAUGUGCACCUGUCUCAAGUGUGCUCAUGAGUUGCAAUGGAACAGCGGAAAAUGUCCAAUCUGUCGGGCUCCAAUCGUGGAUGUCGUGAAGGCACAGAUGGAUUACUAGACUCUACCGGCGCCAGGUGAACGAGUUCUUGCUUCAGAGGACCGUCUUUCUUUCGAACAAUUCAACAUAGUGAAGCAUCCAACAUUGGAAGAGGAAGCUAAUUUUGUUCAUCUUUGCCUAUUUACUUAUAUAAUUUUUUUGUACAUGUCAAAAGUCAUCAUGGGACAUCAUACUUGGUUUCUCUUUUCCCACAUAUACUCUUGUGUGUGUGUUUUUUUAGGAGAGACCCACAACUAACAAGCUCUAUUGUUUGUUAUUCGUCUUGCUAUAUACAAUUUGAGAAAAGGUGCCUCUUUUUGGAAA